AUGUUACAUCAACUCACCCCCGAGCUCAUCGCGCUCAUUCUUGACAAUCUCAUUGAGGGUCAACCUGGGGAUCGCCCUGCUCCACGUCGGUUGAAUUUGUCAAGCUAUGCGACCAUAUCUCGCACCUGGCAAUGGGCCGUCGAGGCGCGCACAUUUGCCUACAUACGCGCCCGCAACGACCCUGGUUACAUUGAUAAGUUCAGAGCUAAUCUCGCAGGCCGGAGGCAUCUCGUACGGGCCGUCAGUAUCAAAAUAUUCCUGCCUACCGAAGGAUGCUCGAGGCAGAAUUACGCACAGGACCACGACGUCUUUGCCUCCACCAUAGACAUCUUCAUGAACGAGCUCCACCAAUGGGAGCGCGACGGAGAUGGUUCCGGUGUUUCUCCCCUAGGCCUUUCUAUCUUUGUUGAUUCUAGGGGCAGACCUGGAAGAGGAUCUAGUCUCGCAAAGUAUCGCUUCCCAUCUCUCACAGAGGAUGAGGCAAGCAGGCUGCCAACCUUGCGACGCGUGACGUCUCUCUAUAUCCACGCGGCUCACCGGGCGAUGCAUCCUCGGGCCGUGUUUAUGCUCACCGCUGCUAUGCCGUGCCUCGAGGAGCUGGCAAUCCGCCACUACGACCCUCGUCGGCACGACAAGAACCGGGAAGCCCGGCUUGACCACAGGGCGGCCUUCGUAGCCGGUAUUUCCAAUCUAAGGGCACGCGGCAAUCUCAGACGUCUGCAGAUUGCGUAUGAGGCGCAAUCCCUUGCCACAAACCAUGACUUCAGUGAACAAUCCUUCGAAGAUGAGCAAGGUGUGGACCCGCUUAGCGAGGAGAUCCGUCUGUUGUCCCAAGGCCCUAAAUUCGAGGAGUUGGAACUGGAUCAUGUUCCCAUCUCUCUUGAUCUGUUUUACAACACCCGAAAGGGCGACGUCGCUGCUACCACACAGACGGAGGAGGCCAUCUGGGAGAGCCUGCGCAAGUUUGAUAUCAUUCUCACGAUGCGGGAUGCGGGCGGCAGGUGGUACUUCACCGGUACGCGCCCCGACGAUGAGGACGGUUGGGUAUCCUCUGGGUCAGAGUAUAUAGAGGAUAGCGACUUUGAGGGCUCCGAGCCGGAGACGAGGCCUCGGCAGCUAGUUGUGGACGAGGAGAACCCAUACUCUGCCUGGCGGACGGAGCUCAACCCGGAGACCUUGAACCCCUUGUUUACGCAUCUGUCGGCGGCGUUGGGGCGCAUGCCCAAGCUGGCGUCGGCCUACAUUCAAGCCGUGCCUCUACAUGGAGAGGACAUAUAUUUUCAGCUCAGUGAGGGUGACCGAAGCUCUGAGUUCGUAUACGAUCCUAACAGCAUGUGGGUGCCGCCACCUGAGGCUAUCAAUAUGCUGGAAGGUGCCGGGUGGAAGGCGAAGAAUCACAGUUGA